AUGGCGGAGCGUUCAAUGGAGAGCCAAGGAAGCAGAAAGGAGAAGGAGGGAGGGAAGGAGGAGAAGAGAGGAAAGAAUGAGAAGCAACGAAGAAGGCUUGUGUAUGUGAUGAGGGAAAACAGGUAUCGCACGAUGUUUGCUGCUGUGCGGAGGUUAUAUCAAAGUCUAGACGACUAUCAGCCGGUACUGGACCCUGCAAAGCUCCUCCCUGCCAAGGACCUGGAGGCCAACAGCACCCACACUCUUGACUGUACAUCUCGUGGUGUGUUCGGACUCAACUGCAACAGUGAUUAUCCCUACAUGAACGGAGGCGAUUUCUACGAGAGCGACUCCGACGCCAUCUCGCGCGCGCGCCCUCACUUCGGGAACGCGGGUGUGAACUGUACAACUGGAACGAGGGCCCUGCUGUGUAUGAUGUUUGACAUGGACAUAUAA